UUUGUGAAUAGUAUUGUUAGGCGAACCUAUUUCAAAAACGAAGAAGGACGAAACCUAGCCCAAAAAGACAAAGACGAAACCUUUUAUCUCUUGUCGAAACGUCUAAACCUUAGCGAGAUGUUAAAACUUGGCGAAAUGUCGAAGCCUUGGUGA